CUCCUCUAUAUAUAGAUUGACCAGAGCGCCUCCUCAGCAAUCCAUCCUUUUUUUACAAACCCAACAAACCAGUUGACGAGAAUCCCAGAAAGUUGUCUUGACUUUUUUUUUUAUGAGAGCUGUGUUUCAGAGGUUGAUCUUGCCUGCUAGUAGAGCGUGUAGAGGGAAUACCCAGAUCGGUAACGCGAAGAAAGCUGUGAACUUUGUCAGAAACGCCAUGUCUGAAUCGGGUUCCUCUGGUUUUGACUCUCCGAGGUUGGUGACCAAGAAGGUUCUUGCUAAGCUCCAGCGGGAAGGCGAUGGUGCUGCUGUCAGGAGAAGCAUUGGAAGGAGCGAGCUCAGGUCUCUGGACCCUUUCCUGAUGUUGGAUGAAUUUUCAGUGUCAGCUCCUGGUGGAUUUCCUGAUCAUCCACACAGAGGGUUUGAAACUGUUACAUACAUGCUGGAGGGAUCUUUCACUCAUCAGGAUUUUGCUGGCCACAAUGGCACCAUUCAAACUGGAGAUGUUCAGUGGAUGACAGCAGGAAGAGGGAUCAUCCACUCAGAAAUGCCUGCAGGGCAAGGAGUCCAGAGAGGCCUUCAGCUCUGGAUCAAUCUCUCUUCUGAAUACAAAAUGAUUGAGCCAGGAUACCAGGAACUACUGAGCUCAGACAUCAAAACAGCAGAGAACGAUGGAGUCGAAGUCCGGAUCAUAGCAGGAGAAUCGAUGGGAGUGGAGUCACCAGUCUACACCAGAACACCAACAAUGUACCUGGACUUCACCAUGCAGCCAAGGACCCAAUUCCACCAGCCAAUUCCAGAGACAUGGAACGCAUUCAUCUACAUCAUCGAAGGCGAAGGAGUGUUUGGUGUCCCAAAUUCGAGCCCCAUUGCGGCCCACCAUACCGUCGUUCUGGGACCAGGAGAAGGCAUGAGCGCGUGGAACAGGUCGAGCUCGAAGCCAUUGAGGUUCGUGUUGAUUGCAGGGCAGCCACUGAACCAGCCAGUGGUGCAGCAUGGGCCAUUUGUGAUGAACACAGAGGCUGAGAUCCACCAGGCAAUUGAGGAUUACCACAACUCCAGAAAUGGGUUCGAGAUGGCCAAGUAUUGGAGAUCACAGUAAGUGAAAAGGUGGAGGCUUGGAAAGGAAAUCUAAAGAGAAUCCCACAAGGAUAGGAAAUAAAAAAGGGCAGCCAUCUUUUCUUAUCAGUCUUUGUCAUUAGCAAUCAAAAUCAGAAGCUUGAAAAGGAGGAGUCUAUUGCUUCAUCGUGGUAGGACCAAAAACAGAACAACAAAAAUAGGCUUCUAGAAGACAUAUAUCUGUUGCUGAUCUUCCCUUCAUAGUUUUCUUAAUUGUAUUUUCAUAGGUAAUUUGUAUUAUGUAUGUUAAUUAUGUCUCUGUAUCACGGCUCUUAUCCGUUUUUAAUCAAGUCAAAAGAUUUCGUCCAUAUCUUUCUAUAA